GUAAAAAAAAACUUUUUUUUUUCAUUCUUUUAAUUUUUUUCUUAUCUGGGUCUUUUCGAUCCCUUCGAUUGAAAGACCUUUUUUUUUUUUUUUAAUGGGUUCCUUCCGUUAGUUAACCAUAAAACUCAAGAUAUCCAGCUAGCAAAACUUGAGUUCAAAAAACAAAGAUUGUUCUCGAGUUUGAAAGAUGUCGGUUGCGGAUGUUGCUGUGAGACCGGUUUGCAAAGAAUCGGUGCAUUGGCAAGGGCAUUGCUCUGGAGAAUCUAUCUUAAUAUAUGUAACCGCAGACGGUGCUGUGACACCAAUGCGUGUGUUGGAAUCUGAUUCCAUUGCUUCGGUCAAAAUGAGGAUUCAAUCAUGCAAAGGAAUUGCAGGGAAGAAGCACAAGUUGGUUUAUGGCGGCAGAGAGCUUGUUCGCAAAGACGCACUUAUCAAGGACUAUGGAGUCACCGCUGGCAAUGUUCUUCACUUGGUUCUUCGGCUCUCUGACAUGAUCUUCAUUGUUGUCAGGACCACCUGUGGGAAAGAGUUUGAGUUUCAGAUUGAUCGGCACAGAAACGUGGGGUAUCUUAAGCAACGCAUUAAGAAGAAGGGGAAAGGUUUCAUUGUUCCCGAGGGGCAAGAGCUUUUUUGCGGUAGGGAGGAGCUUCAUGAUCAGAGGCUCUUCCGUGACCUGUGCAAGAGUACUGAUGAAGGUGUCAUUCAUUUGGUGGUUAAAAAAUCAGCAAAGGUUAAGGCUACAUCAGUUCACAAGGAUUUGGAGCUUUCAGUUGUUGCUGAUGAUGGUAAUUCUGGUGUGUGGGAGAAUCAAAUUGAAGAGACACCAAAGAUACCACCACGUGAUGUAGAUUUCUGGUUGGAACCAAUAUUUGUGAACCCUAAGGUCAAUUUUUUUCCUUUCCUUUGGGAUAUGAUUAGCUCCACGUUUGAUGGUUUGAAGGAAGGAAACCAUCCUAUUAGAUCUUCUGAGGGCACAGGUGGGACCUACUUCAUGCAAGAUUCAACAGGUAUGGAGUAUGUUUCGGUUUUCAAGCCCAUGGACGAGGAGCCAAUGGCGGUGAAUAACCCUCAAGGGCUUCCAAUUUCAUCCAAUGGUGAAGGUUUGAAAAGAGGGACAAAGGUGGGAGAAGGAGCUGUGAGAGAAGUUGCAGCUUAUAUAUUGGAUCAUCCGAUGGAUGGGCCAAGAAUGGUGUCAGGUGAAGCUGUAGGCUUUGCUGGGGUUCCCCCUACUAUUAUGGUCCGGUGCUUACACAAAUCCUUUAAUUACCCAGAUGGGUUUGGUUGCUCCUCAAAGCAUUUCAAGAUGGGGUCCUUGCAGAUGUUUAUGAACAAUGAUGGUAAUUGUGAGGACCUUGGUCCAGGGGCAUUUUCAGUGGAGGAGGUGCAUAAGAUCACUGUGCUUGAUUUAAGAAUCGCUAAUGCAGAUAGGCAUGCUGGGAAUAUAUUGUUCAGAAAAGAUGAGGGUGGUCGCACUGUGCUCAUUCCCAUUGAUCAUGGCUACUGUCUUCCAGAGAAAUUUGAGGAUUGCACAUUUGAUUGGCUCUAUUGGCCCCAAGCACGUAAACCAUACUCUCCUGAUAUAGUUAAAUAUAUAAAACGUUUGGAUGCCGAGAAAGAUAUAGAGCUUCUGAAAUAUUAUGGUUGGGAUGUUCCGGUUGAGUGUGCGCAAACACUCCGCAUCUCCACCAUGUUAUUGAAAAAAGGGGUUGAGAGAGGUCUCAGUCCCUAUGACAUUGGAAGCAUUAUGUGNAGGGAAAAUUUGAACAAGGAAUCUGUAAUCGAGGAGAUUAUUUGCGAAGCCCAGGAAUCAUUGCUACCUGGAAUGGGGGAAUUUAUGUAUCUUGAAUUUGUCUCAAAGAUCAUGGAUUCCCACCUUGAUAAGCUUUCAAAAUAGACUCCUUCGGGUUGAUGUUUCUAUAAUAAUAAUAACAAUAAUAAAUGUUUGUAUGUAUGGAAUGAAAAAUACUAUAUACAGUCCAUAUUUGGAUGGACUGCAGGUUGUUUAAAACAGGGAUGUGGCUAAGGGGUGUUCUAGGUCUGAUACUCUUCCACGUCUCUCACAUUAAACAUUAAAAGGGUCUCAAUAACAUGUUUAUAGGUUUUACGUCA